AUGCCACUCCACGCAACCGAUGUGUACCCAAUGCACGCCGUUGGUGAAUUCCAUGUUAUUUUUUUAGGAGACGAACAGAGCGUCAACCGGCUACUCUCCAAACCGUACACCGUGGAGUGGAAAUUGCUUGGAAGGCGACGAACGGCCCUUGGCGUUAUGUGCUUCUUGGUGGAGAGCAGAAGGAGUGCAGCUGGAGGGUCGACCAUAAACGGUAGGUCUUCUGAUUUAGGGAUUGGGCCAUCAUUCACGUUUAGUCUUCAUCUCCGUGGGUAG